AGUACAAACUGCCCCAACCUCUAAUAAACCCUUGCCAAACGCGCGUCCUGUCUCUACUCUACUCUGUAUAAACCCCAACGAAACAAAAUGGAGAAGAAGCAGAAGAGAGCGGAAGCCGAAAUUCAAGCAGAGAGAGUUGAAAACGACAAAGCAGAAAACGAGCUCGAGCUCACUAAUGGCGAUUCUCACAAAAAGAAGAGGAGGAGGAGAAACAAAGAAAGAAAUGAGAGGGAUAAAGAAGCAAAGGAAAUACCUACAGUCAGCAUAGCCGUUUCUGGUUCCAUCAUCAAUAAUGCUCAGUCUCUCGAACUCGCCACUCGAUUGGCUGGUCAAAUUGCUCGUGCCGCGACUAUAUUUCGAAUCGAUGAGGUGGUGGUGUUUGAUAAUAAGAGUAGUUCUGAGAAAGAGGAUCCUACUGUUACGACAAACAACAAUUCCGAUGAGAAUGAGAGUGGUGGGGCUUUUUUCAUAAGGAUCUUGCGGUAUUUAGAGACUCCGCAGUAUUUAAGAAAAGCUCUCUUUCCAAAGCAUAAUAACUUAAGAUUUGUGGGAAUGUUGCCCCCGCUUGAUGCUCCACACCAUCUGCGCAAACAUGAAUGGGCUCCGUUUAGGGAAGGUGUCACGCUAAAUGAAAAAGUUUCAAACUCUGGGGAAACACUAGUUGAUGUGGGUUUAAGUAAGAAUGUUGUUGUAAAUCAAGCGCUUGAACCUGGAAUAAGAGUAACUGUGGCUAUGGGAAUCAACCGCAAUUUGGAUGAUGAUUCACCACGCCAGGUUGUCUCAUUAUCGAAGCCAAGGGAGGAAGCAGGAUUGUAUUGGGGGUAUAGAGUGCGAUAUGCUUCUAAUAUCAGCUCAGUAUUUAAGGAUUGUCCAUACAGGGGUGGCUAUGAUCUUUUGAUUGGUACCUCAGAGCAUGGUCUCAUUAUUAACUCAUCAGAGCUUUCUUUACCAACAUUCAGGCAUCUGUUGAUUGCUUUUGGCGGGCUUGCUGGAUUGGAAGAGAGUAUUGAAGAAGACAGUAACUUAAAAGGUAAAGAUGUUCGUGAAGUAUUGGAUUCAUACUUGAACACGUGUCCCCAUCAAGGAAGUCGGACUAUUCGAACCGAGGAAGCAAUUUUCAUAUCACUUCAGUAUUUCCAAGAACCAAUCAGCCGAGCAAUGCAAAGAGUUCAACAUUGAAGUUACCAGAAGUCAGCCAGAGAUUGCAAGCAUAACCAUAGCAGUGUCAUUCUUACAAUUUUACAAGGGCCACAGCUGUAUUCUGUUGGUGGUGGUUGUCAAGAAGAUUCGUUUCAAGUAGCUGUCGACUUUUAGUGACCGUUUGUGUAAGUAACAAAACUCUUUCAGCUUCAGGACAAGGAGUAGCUGCUGUGAUGGGAUGCUCCGCUUGUCCACUGAUUAUGAUGCUCGCCUUCUUCUGUUCGAUCCAUCCAUUGGAGAGUACAGGGCACUGCCUCUCCCUAUGUAUCCAGCUGGUCUAUGUGUAGUAUGUGGUCAUUAUAAUUAUUUGGGAUUGUUAUCCUGACCUGAUUGGUCAAAUUUGAAAUUUUCUGAUCAAAUUGUUUA